GUAAACGAUAUCGGGCCGAAUCGCUCCGAUAAGCGGCGACUGCUACGCUGCCAAAAGCGGUAGCGCCAACGUCAGCGCUCAAUCAGUCGACGAGCGAGCUGGGGAGCGGAGCCGAGAGCGGUCCGAUUAGCGACGUGGUGGAGUUUCAUUAUAAUUUUUGGCCAAAACAAAGGGCGACUGUGCCAACCACGACCAGCGACUUUAUCCAGAAUGCCGAGCCAACAGAUUUGCUGGUGAGACAAAACGACAUGGCCCAGCUGAAGAAUGUGGGCCAAGGUCAACAGGCCGUUGUUUUUGGCCCAAUGCUCGCCUCGGCCAUGUUGCUCAUGGGGCUGGUAUUCGCCCUGCUGGGGAUCAAGUUCUUCGGCUUCCGGCGGCGGCUGACUUUCGAGCGAUCGCAGGUGCAGAAUCAGCGGCAACAGCAGAAUCGGCAGCAGCAGCAGCAGCAACCGCCGCCACGUUACGCAGCUUUCGAAUCCCAGGUUAAUGGCACCGAUACCGCUGUCCAUGGAGUGUUCCGACGUCGCAAUCUCGAGGAAUUCGAAAGCCCAUGGCCAUCGGCAUCAACAACGACAGGAAACAACUUCAUCAGUGGCAGUGUUCCGGAUCUGCAAUUAUAUGGUGCCAGCCCAAGGGGGCCAAAGACCACGGAUGAAUCACCAGUUUCCUAUCGAGAAAAGUCGGAGGCACAACGACACCAACGACUAGAGGUGCACAGUGAGCACUAUGAAUUCACUGCUCCACCUACCCGCAAGCCACCUUCUCCGCCAGUACAAUCAGAAGUACUUGCUGAAACUGCCACGGUAGUUUCCCUAUCUAAGAUACCGGAAUCCUUGCCUGCUCCACCGCCUAGAACCAUCCGACCAUCAGCAAUAACUCCAGCUGCUGCAUCCAAGCCUUCGGGGCCUGCAGCUUCUGUGGAGGCAGUUCCCGAGCCUCCUAGCGAGCUGGGAAUGCCCAACUUCGAUCACUUUGCUGAGAAAUACGAAUUGUUUAGUGUAAAACCCACGAUUGCGGCCACUAGACCAACACAGCUGCGGAGCAAGCACAGUGGCCGCUAUGUGAAGUUCGAGCCAGUGGAUGAUGUGCCGGAAAUUCUCACCCCUGAGGAUCCCGUUCCGGAAUUACUGACUCCAGAAGACGGUUUGGGAGGAGCUAUGUCGGUUACAGCUGUGGUCCACAGGGGAGCAAUACCCAAGGAAGAACCGGAAUCGAGAGAGGAACCACAAGCACCAAAUGAUCCCUUCGGGGGACCCAGCAAUGCAGACUCAGCUUUCGUCGUUGAAAUCAUAGCAGGAAGUCCCGAGGCGGAAGCUACUCCUAGUGCACAGCCGUCCUUUCAAGAUGGUUUAUUCGAAAACCUAGAAUUACCGCAAGGUGAGCUAGACAGUGAUUUCGUGCGGAUACGUUCGUCAUUCGUGAUGAACGAAGCCGACAUCCUGGACUUGGAUCAGCUGCAGCUGCCGGCGGCCAGUAGUCCACCAGGAUUUGGCAAGAGCAUCGACGAGGACUGGGAGAACUUUGCCAACCUAGACGCCGUGGUGGCAGUGCCCGAACCUAAUUGGUCGCUGCAUCCGAAUAGCUUAGAGCAAGUGCCCACUGUGGAGACGACGCUAAGUGAGGCCGCCGUCAGACUGGACAAUGUGGAACAGGUGGAGGGUCUGUUCCAUCAGCUUGAGCUUAUUGAGCAGAGAAUGGAUAUCUUCGAGCCUGAACCACCAGCUCCCAUUGUAGAGCCACCGCCCUACGAUCCUGGUCUGCCUUACCUACCAGAUUACGAAUCCCUGAUGCGGCUGGAAAACGCAAAGAGCGGUCAGAAAUUGCCCGACUACACCGAGGUAAUGGAACAAAGGUCCAAGAAAUCCAAUUUUGUAAACAGCAUUGAGGAUCUAUACGCGGAUCUAGAUGUUAAUGAGGCGGAGAUAAACGGUUCUCAAGUUAACCAGAGCAAUGAAAUCCACAAUUUUGAGGCCUUGUGCCAGGAAAUGGCUGUAGUGGUGCCAUCUGAGCGUCAAGCUCCUCAGCCCGCGCCCAGGUCCACCAAAUCAGCCAGAUCCCUCAAUGUUCGUGGUAGUUCUUCUCCCCUUGCGUGCUAUCAACCUGAAGAGCUGCCCAGCUCCAGUUCCAGUGAUACCGAUGGGGAGGAAGGAGCCCGAUCAGCUCCAGAACCUGCCAAACGUGAUCCGAAAUCGCUCAAAGUUCGCUUCGAUGUGGAUAAUCUGCAGUACUACCAGUCCGCCGAGGUGGUAAUUUCAAGUGAGGAGUCUGAAGAGGAUGAGCCGUUCAAUCAGCCCACUCCCAUGCAGCGUUCCAUCCUUUUUGAACCGCGGAAUACUGGAGUGCCCAGCCUAUUUGGAUCACAGGUAUCCCAGGAAGACAGUGAUGACGAUGAUGGCUUUGGUCGAGCUAUCAGCCAACAUCGCUCCAUGACUGCGACACUUAGGACAAACGCUGUUAGAAACCAUACCGACGCCUAGUCCGAAAACCGGAAACUGCCGCAAGUCUAGACUUCCUUAGUAAAUACAGUAUUCUAUGUGUUAAAUUUGGCCAAAUGGCUAUGACCUAUUUAUGUACAUACACUUCACUGAAAAAUUGCCAUAUCAUAUUGACUAUAUA